AUGUCAAGUUCUGAUGAGGAAAUUCAGCAUUCAGCGAGGGAGCUUAAAGAGAUUGAACGUCGAAGACGUAAAAACAAAAAGAAGAAAGAAUCUAAAAAGUCUAAUAAAAAAGAAAUUCCAAAUAAAAUUAUUAGUAUAGAAGAGGAAGAUUAUGAAAUUGAACAGAUACAAAAUGUUAAAGAUCCAAUUGAGGGAGAAGAAAAAAUUGAACCAAUUAUUCCACCCUUAGAAGAUGAGAUUAAAACUGAACCUGAGGAAGGCAAAGAAGUUAUUGAAAAAGGAAAAGCUUCAAUUAUUGAUGAUAAUGUGCAAAUUGAAUAUAUUAAUGAAUUGCCUGAUUUGGACGAUAAAGAUCCUAAUUUUCAAUAUUUUGCUAAAGUCUUCAAUGCUUUUAGGAUUAAAACUGAAGAUGAACUAAAAAGAGAAGAACAAAGCAGACAAGUCCGUUUAGAUGUUGUACAAGAUACUCUUAGUAAGGCGGCUGUUUCAGAACAAAUUCUUCAAGAAGAGCUUAAACAGCGUCGAAAAGAAGCGGAAGAAUCAGGAGAAGCUUUAAAAUUAAGUCGUAAAAAGUUGAGAAUUUCAUUGCAACCUUCUAUGGCUGAACUUAAAGCUAGUACAACCCGUGCAGAUGUUGUUGAAUGGGCUGAUGUUACAUCUAAAGAUCCAUUUAUUUUAGUUGAAUUAAAGGCUUAUCGAAAUACAGUUCCAGUACCUCGACAUUGGAAUGCAAAACGUAAAUAUUUGGCUGGAAAACGUGGAUUUGAACGUCCUCCAUUUGAAUUACCUGAUUUUAUUAAAAGAACUGGGAUAAUGGAAAUGCGUGAAACAAUGUGGGAAAAAGAAGAGAAUCAAUCCUUAAAAGGAAAAAUGCGUGAAAAAACUCGACCAAAAUUGGGAAGAAUUGAUAUUGAUUAUCAGAAAUUGCAUGAUGCUUUUUUUAAAUGGCAAACAAAACCACAAAUGACGAAAAUGGGUGAAUUAUAUUAUGAAGGAAAAGAAUUGGAAGCACAAAUGAGAGAAAAGAAACCUGGACAACUUUCUGAUGAAUUAAGAAUUGCAUUGGGAAUGCCUGUUGGACCGAAUGCAAAUAAAUUUCCGCCUCCAUGGUUAAUUGCAAUGCAGCGUUAUGGACCACCUCCUUCCUAUCCAAAUUUACGAAUUCCUGGUUUAAAUUGUCCGAUUCCUGAAGGAUGUGCUUUUGGAUAUCAUGCUGGAGGAUGGGGAAAACCGCCUGUAGAUGAAUAUGGCAAACCACUUUAUGGAGAUGUCUUUGGAUUAAGUCUUCCACAAGUAUCUGAAUUAGAGGAUGAUUCUCGAAUUGAACGUCGACAUUGGGGAGAAAUUGGUAGUGAUGAAGAGGAAAGUGAUAACGAAGAGGAAGAUAGUGAUAUUGAUGAAGAUAAUACUCAACAAAAGGCUGGUAUACCUGAGGGAGGUUAUGUGACACCUGCACCAACAGAAGGUACACUUACUGGUGCAGAUACUCCUGCACAACCUCUUUAUACUGUUUUACAGGAAAAGAAAGUGGAACGUAUUAGCGGUCAAUUAAUGGCACCUAGCAUGGUUUAUGAUAUUGCGGCGAGUCGAAAAAUGCCAGAACCGAAUGAAGGAGUUGAGGUAUCUCUACAACCCGAGGAAUUAGAAGAUCAAGGUGGUUUAGAACGUAAAUAUGAGGAACAAUUACGCAAACAAAAUCGUAUAAGAAUGGAAAAUGAAGAAGACUUUUCUGAUAUGGUUGCUGAACAUGCAGCUAGACAAAAUAGAAAGCGAAAAGCUCAAGAGCAGAAAAAGGCAGCAUCAAGUGGUGCUCCGUCAAGUUCUUCAUCUUCAAAAAAAUAUAAGGAUUUCAAAUUUUGA